GGGAAAUUGUGUGGGAGGCUGGUGAGGGAAGAGGAUGUAGAUAAGAGGUUUAUAACCUGGGUUCCUCUUGUGGGACUCUUCCUUUAUGAAGUCCUGGGGUCAGUGACUUAUAGAGAGAUCACCCAUAGGGCCACUUUUCUUCAGUUUGGUCUAGACGUGAUGCCCUGAGCUCAGGUGUUUGGGAAUCACUCACUGUAUUAUCGGGAGACAUCUCUUACCAAGUCUUUCUCUGUUUCAGUGUCUUGCUGGGAUCAAAGGGUUCGGGCACAAACGGAUCUACCUGAAGUCUACCUAAAUCCUCCUGGAGAUGACUACCUUCCCACUGUGACUGUGACCUCAGUCAUCAGCAUUCUACCUUUCCUCUUCCUCCUUAUCCUUCUCCUCUGCUUGUGCUGGUGUCGAGCCAAAAACAGAGCCACUGAGGAUGACACCAAGGGCCAAGUGAAUGAUAACAGGUAGGAACAUUUGGACUCUCUCAAUAGAGAAUGCUGUGUCUGUCUCAUUUCUCAGACCUACCUGAAUGCGUCUAUCUCCUUUCCCUUAGCUCCAGCCCAGACAUGGACUUCCAGGAAGAAAAUCAAUGUAAGAGGAGUGAGAAGUAGGGGUAGCCAGGGUGGGGAAGAUAGAAGGCAUCCUAGAAGAAGCCGAGAAGGUUGGGGGCAAACCUCACUGGGUGUGAUGUCACUGCCCUUCCCCGAUUUCAGUCAUCCAUCUCUGAAAUAUAGAUGGCAAGACUGGAUAAUCUGAAGGCUCUUCCUGGAAGCCUGUCCUCUCCUCUUUUCUUGCAGAUGAUGUCUCAGUGGAUAUCCUGCCUAAGGAGAACAGACAAAUGGACAUGCAUCCCGCACCCAGGGCUUCCCUCCCGGGCUAUACAGCUCAGGACCGGCCGAGGAACCAUGUCCCCAACCAUGGCUGCUUUCUUCUGUCUUGGGCUGUGUCUGGGCCAGGUGAUACAGGCUCAGAAAGGCCUGCUGCCCAAGCCCUCCCUCCAGGCCCGGCCCGGCUCCCUUGUGCCCCUGGGGAAGCCGGUGACCAUCAGCUGUCAGGGCCCUCCAGGCGCGGACUUGUACCGCCUGGAGGAACUGAUAUCCCGGAAGUAUUUGGACCAGGCGGAGCUCUCCAUCUCGGCCAUGGAACAACGCUUCGUCGGACGCUACCGCUGCUCCUAUCAGAGCGGGACCAGCUGGUCUCCCCCCAGCAACCAACUGGAGCUGGUUGCUACUGGAGUUUUCACCAAGCCCUCGCUCUCAGCCCAGCCCAGCACGGCAGUGGCCCCAGGAGCGGACGUAACUCUACGGUGUCACAGCCAGUAUGGUUUUGACCAAUUUGCUCUGUACAAGGAGGGGGACACUGGGCCCUACAAGACACCUGAAAGGUGGUACCAGGCUGAUUUUCCCAUCACCACGGUGACUGCUGCCCACAGUGGGACCUACCAGUGCUACAGCUUUUCCAGCAGAUCUCCAUACCUGUGGUCGGCCCCCAGCGACCCCCUGGAGCUCGUGGUCACAGGGACCUCUUUUACCCCCAGCUGGUUGCCUACAGAACCACCUUCCUCUGUGACAGAAUUCUCAGAAGCCUCCAAGAAACUGAACCACUCGCUCGUGAACGAAGUUGCCACCACUGAAACUUCUAGGAAUAUCACCAUCCUUCCAAAGGAGUCAGACCCUCCAACUGGUCUUGCCUUCCAGUAUUACACUAGGAGCAAUCUGGUCCGGAUAUGCCUUGGGGCUGUGAUUCUGAUACUCCUGGUGGGGCUUCUGGCAGAAGAUUGGCACAGCCGAAAGAAACCCCUGAUGCACCGGGUCAGAGCUGUCCACAGGCCACUCCCACCCCUCCCUUAG